AUAGCAACAUUAGAAGACGUGAGUGAGUUCAGAAUUGACAUAAAAUGAAAACAGCGUGAGUCUAGAUUUUUGUUGAAUGUUAUCAGGGGGAUCGCGCUGCAAAUGCUUACACAUCGAUAACCACUUAAAAUCGCGAGCUCGUCGGGUUACAAUAUUCAGCUACCUUCUCUUUUGAAAUGUUCGUAUACGACUAUAAGGAAAAAAAAGAAAUUUUUAAAUUACUAGACUGCAGGUGCAGCUUAUGAAACCCGCAGAAACAAAACAGACUUACCGAAAGUAAGUGCAAAUAACUCCCUAUAAAAAUGAUUCGAAAUCCGUGGACUGCCCUUAUUCUGUGCUGCACUGCCGUGUAUGGUUCGAGUGUUCCGAUUAAUGCAAAUAUUAUUGACCAAAGUUGUCCGUACUCUAGCCAAUGCAAUUCAGCGAUCAAUGAACAGCACAUAGAUACGCUAAUGACUUAUGUCGACAGCGAGAAGAAUCCAUGCAAUGACUUCUAUGCCUAUGCCUGCGGUAAAUGGCGGGAAAAACAUGGAACCCAGUCAACGGCCACGGCAAUAAGCGAAAGUCAAAUCAACGGUCAGUAUGAGGACUUAUUUACCUACUUGCUUAGUAAUCUAAGUAGCCCAGAGCACUUAUACCCCAUGUACGGGAAGGUGCUGACCCACUAUCAGAAUUGCACAGCCUUGGACAAGCCAAAUCUCAGACGUUAUAUAGAGCUCUUGGGCGAAGAUAUGCUUUCGUCACUAAACUGUACGCACUGGAUGAAUGUUUUGGCGGUUUUGGGCCGGUAUGGCUAUCACGGACAUUUUGUACAGCUGGAAGUUCGGUGGUACAACGCAAGUCAACACAUGAUAUUCCUGCUUCCUCACAACCAUCACGAAAGCCUGAGUCUCACUACUGAAAUUUACAAUGCCUUAAGUCAAGAUGGAUCCUAUUGGCCACCUCUUCAUCAGAUUCAGGAGCAGUUCAGAAAUCUUGAAAAGAAUUUGGUUAGGUUGGCAAAGUCCCCCACAGCGGACGAUACUUUCCGGAAUUAUAGACUAGAUCAAAUUCGCACGGAAGUGACAGGACUGAAGUGGGACGAGGUAUUAAGAAAGCAGCUCGGGAGAUCGAUACCAGCGGAUCACAUAUUCCAGGUUGAUGACUUGGAUGCCAUCAACAGAAUUGUGAAGUACCUCAAUAAUAGAGAUACGCUUCUGCUAAACCGAUAUAGCCUAGCGAGAUUUCUUAGCCAUCUUAUGGGGCUCCCGCACAACCCCCUGGCCACCUGGGAUGCUAAGCAGAGAUCUAGGGGUAGAGAUUGCAUACGCCAUAUGCGUCGUUCGCUUUAUCUUCCGAUGAAUUAUGUUUACGAAAGGAGUUUCUAUACCCAGAGGCGUAAUUCAGACGAAUUAGUUAUUCACAGUGUUUUUGAGCAAUUGCAGGAUCAGCUUGAACUGCGCGUCCAAUACAACGAGUUCAACCUGAGCCAAGAGCUGGUGAUGUCACUAAGGGAGAAGGUGCACAAAAUGCGUAUUAAUGUGGGCAACUUGCCCACAAAUGUUUCAGAGCAGUUCUACUGGGACAGCGACCGGCGGUGGACAGUUGGCCACAAUUUUUACGAAAAUCAUCUCAACAGUCUUUUGUACUAUUACACACUCGUCGCCGACCUGGAGGGUAGCACCAAUAUGGAGGAUAGGAAAAUCUGGUACAGCUUCAACAUGCACACGCCAGAGUUCCCCGACAACAUCGACGCCACGCCGUACUUCUAUUGCUUGGGAAACAUUAUUCUUGUGCCGUACUCAUAUUUGAAACGCCCAUUCUUCCACGCCGGCUUUUGGCCGGCACUUUUAUAUGGUGAUUUGGGCAACACCCUUGGCCACGAGAUGAUGCAUGCCUUCGACACGGAUCUAGUGGAUUACGACGGGCAGGGAAACUUAAGGAACUUCAGUGAGCAGCUCGGACAGGUGGAGCUGUAUAACAGAGCAGUUGGGUGCCUUAACAGUAGCGCAGUUAUGCUAAAUGAGCGCACAUCGGACGUCAGUGGAUCCCGGCUCGCAUUGCAGACCUAUGGGGGCAAUUGGUUGACCCACUCGGAUAAUGGUCGGCUCUAUUUCCUUCAGUUUGCGCACUUCUUCUGCGGAGACGAGGGUGAUAAGUAUCACGAUUCUGGUAAACAGAGGCUAAACUACUCCCUCAGCCAGGUUUCGCAGUUUGCCGAAGUUUUCGAGUGUCACAGUGGAACUGGCAUGACCUCCUCAAACCAGUGCCCCUUCUGGUAAAAAGUUGUAACUCAAAAUGUUAAUUAAUGUGUAGCUAAAUUAGAAACCCUAAGUACUGUGAAUAAAUUUCGAUGUUUGCCAAUUGCAA